GGCCAGAUGGAGUGUACGCCCUGCCCUCCCGGAUUUCACUGCCCCCCUCCCUCCCAGGGCUCCAGCGCGGCCAGCGCCCCCCUGCCGUGCCCAGCGGGGUACUUCUGUCCCCGUGAGACCCCUCCGGCUGGCCCCGCCCCCUGCCCUAAAGGCACAUUCAGCUCAGCUCUGGGGCUCAGUGCUGCAGGCCAGUGCUUGCCGUGUCCAGAGGGAUAUUUCUGUGGGUCAGAGGGGCUGGUUGAGCCCAUGGGACGUUGCAGGCCAGGGUUCCUCUGUUUUGGGGGUGCCCAGGUGCCCAACCCUACUGACCAUCAGACAGGAUCCCCCUGUCCCAGAGGGGCUUUCUGCCAGCAGGGGGUCAUCGUAGGCCUGUGUUCAGAGGGGUACUACUGUGCCUGGGGAUCCAGCAGUCCGGAGCCUGACCUGUGCCCCGCCGGGUACUACUGUCCCACAGGCACGGACGCCCCCGCCCCCUGCCCCCCGGGAACCUUCAGCCCCAGGAGGGGGAACGCCGGACAGGACGACUGCGUGGCCUGCCCUGCCGGUCACUUCUGCCAGGGUGGGGGGGCCACUGUCAAUGACCAGUAUAAGUCACAUACAGUAGGGCAAGCACAGACCCAGGCUUAGCACAGUUGUGGAUAUGUUCUAGACCAGGGCUGGUCAACCCUGUUCCUGGAGGCCUGCAGCAAAUGCCAUUAUCAGCACUUAAUUGAUCAAUUACAGCAGUUGAUUGAUUGAUCAAUUACGUAAUUGCCAAACUCACCUGGGCAAACUGGUUGCUGAUUUUAAGGUGAAAACGAGGAAGCAGAUCGUAGGG